CUAUCUUUUUCUCUCUCUCAUUUCCAAAUCCCUAGCCCUUUUUCUGUGUAUAAAUACUUACCAGAAUAGCUCCACAACGAAGAAAAGCUAGAGAGAGAGAGAGCCAAAGCCAAAGCCAGAGCUACAGGGCGAGGAAAACCACCAGAAACGCUCAAAGGCCUUCCGAUCUGCGCGACCAAUCUCUGUCAGGGUUUUGAUGCGGAACUGUUAUCGAUCUGCGAAGCUCUAGAUCUUUCUUGUACUUUUAUUCAAGCUUUUGAGAGACACAGCCAUGUCCUCGCUUAGCAGAGAACUUGUAUUUCUCAUACUUCAGUUUCUCGACGAAGAGAAAUUCAAAGAAACUGUGCACAAGUUGGAACAAGAGUCCGGUUUUUUCUUCAACAUGAGGUAUUUUGAGGAUAUGGUGACAAAUGGGGAGUGGGAGGAGGUGGAGAAGUACCUCUCUGGCUUCACGAAGGUUGACGAUAAUAGGUACUCGAUGAAGAUCUUCUUCGAGAUUCGCAAGCAGAAGUACCUCGAAGCUUUAGACAAGAGGGAUCGUGCUAAAGCUGUGGAUAUUUUAGUUAAGGACUUGAAAGUGUUCGCGGCAUUUAAUGAAGAACUCUUCAAGGAAAUUACGCAACUAUUGACUUUGGACAACUUUCGAGAUAACGAGCAGCUAUCUAAAUAUGGAGAUACUAAGUCUGCGAGGGGUAUAAUGCUUGCUGAACUGAAAAAGUUGAUAGAGGCUAACCCUCUGUUUCGUGAUAAGCUUCAAUUUCCUACAUUAAAGAACUCGAGACUGCGAACACUAAUUAAUCAGAGUUUAAAUUGGCAGCAUCAACUUUGUAAGAAUCCAAGGCCUAACCCUGACAUUAAGACAUUAUUUGUAGACCACAGUUGUGGAACACCGAAUGGUGCAAGGGCCCCUUCCCCUGUCACUAACCCCUUAAUGGGUGCUGUCCCUAAGGCGGGGGGUUUCCCGCCACUGAGUGCUCAUGGUCCAUUUCAGCCCACACCAGCUGCUCUUCCGACAUCACUUGCUGGAUGGAUGGCUAAUCCAUCUCCUGUCCCUCACCCUUCAGCAUCUGCAGGACCCAUAGGUUUGGCUGCACCUAACAAUGCAGCCAUCUUGAAGCGCCCCAGAACUCCUCCAACCAAUAACCCAGCCAUGGACUAUCAAACCGCUGAUUCUGAACAUGUGUUGAAGAGAUCAAGACCUUUCGGAAUAUCAGAUGAGGUCAACAAUCUACCAGUAAAUAUUCUGCCUGUUGCAUAUACCAGCCAAAGCCAUGGUCAAAAUUCCUACACUGCUGAUGACUUGCCCAAGACUGUUGUUAUGACUCUAAAUCAGGGAUCAUCUGUCAAGAGUAUGGAUUUCCAUCCAGCACAACAAAUUCUACUUCUUGUUGGCACAAACAUGGGCGACGUCAUGGUAUGGGAUGUAGGAGGCCGUGAAAGGAUUGCACUUAAAAAUUUUAAAGUCUGGGAUCUUGGAUCAUGUUCAAUGCCUCUGCAGGCAUCUCUGUCCAAUGACUAUACAGCAUCAGUCAAUCGUGUGAUUUGGAGCCCUGACGGAUCCCUUUUUGGUGUUGCAUACUCCAAGCACAUUGUUCACAUAUACUCAUAUCAUGGCGGUGAUGAUCUACAAAACCACCUAGAGAUUGACGCUCAUGCUGGCAGUGUUAAUGAUCUUGCUUUCUCUUAUCCAAACAAACAACUCUGUUUUGUCACUUGUGGCGAGGACAGGGUCAUAAAGGUGUGGGAUGCAGGCACUGGGGCCAAGCUGUAUACUUUUGAGGGUCACGAAGCCCCUGUAUAUUCUGUAUGUCCACAUCACAAGGAAAAUAUUCAGUUCAUUUUCUCAACUGCAACUGAUGGAAAGAUAAAGGCUUGGUUGUAUGAUAACAUGGGUUCAAGAGUUGACUAUGAUGCACCAGGCCACUCAUCUACCACAAUGGCAUACAGUGCCGAUGGAACAAGAUUGUUCUCAUGUGGGACAAAUAAAGAAGGAGAAUCAUUCUUAGUGGAAUGGAAUGAAAGUGAAGGGGCUGUCAAGCGCACGUAUCAUGGUCUUGGGAAGCGAUCUGUGGGGGUUGUGCAAUUUGAUACAACUAAAAGUCGAUUCCUAGCUGCUGGUGAUGAUUUCUUAGUCAAAUUCUGGGACAUGGACAAUGUUAGCUUGUUGGCAACUAUUGACGCCGAGGCUGGUUUACCGGCUUCUCCUUGUAUUAGAUUUAGCAAGGAAGGAAUACUGUUAGCUGUCUCAACAAAUGAUAAUGGUGUUAAAAUCCUAGCAAAUGGGGAUGGAAUUCGGCUGCUAAGAUCAGUGGAGAAUCGCACAUUUGAUGCUUCUAGAGUUGCUUCUGUUAAGGUCCCCACCAUAGCCACUUUUGGAUCUGCAAAUGUAGCUGUUGGAACAAGCAUUGGAGAUCGAGCUGCUCCAGUAGCAGCCAUGGUUGGAAUGAGCAGCGACAGUCGAAGUUUAGACAUAAAACCCAGAAUUGCGGAUGAGUCUGUUGAUAAAUCCAGGUUGUGGAAACCGACAGAGAUCAAUGAACAAUCACAAUGUCGCUCCCUAAGGCUCCCUGAUAAUUUAACAGCUAUGAGGGUUUCUAGAUUAAUUUAUACAAAUUCAGGUUUAGCCAUACUGGCCUUGGCAUCGAAUGCUGUACACAAGCUCUGGAAAUGGCAGAGAAAUGAUCGAAAUCAAACAGGGAAGGCCACGGCUAGCGUAGUACCACAAUUAUGGCAACCUCCAAGUGGAAUAUUAAUGACAAAUGAUGUAAACGAUACGAACCCUGAGGAUGCUGUUCCAUGCUUUGCGCUUUCAAAGAAUGACUCCUAUGUCAUGUCAGCUUCAGGGGGGAAGAUUUCCUUAUUCAAUAUGAUGACAUUCAAGACAAUGACAACAUUCAUGCCUCCACCUCCAGCAGCUACAUUUCUUGCAUUUCACCCUCAAGACAAUAAUAUCAUUGCCAUAGGCAUGGAAGACUCUUCUAUUCAAAUCUAUAAUGUUCGGGUUGAUGAGGUUAAGACAAAGCUAAAAGGUCAUCAGAAAAGAAUUACAGGCCUGGCUUUCUCUCACGCUCAAAAUGUGCUUGUAUCGUCAGGAGCUGACUCGCAGUUGUGUGUUUGGAGCACAGAUGCAUGGGAGAAGCAGACUAGUAAAUUCUUGCAGAUUCCAAGUGGGCGAGCUGCAGCUCCUCUUGCAGAGACUCGUGUUCAAUUUCACCUAGAUCAGAUGCAUUUGCUGGUUGUUCAUGAAACACAGAUCGCUAUAUACGAUGCACCAAAAUUAGACUGCCUUAAGCAGUGGGUCCCCCUUUCAACUAGUGGUCCAAUCACACAUGCUACAUAUUCCUGUGAUAGCCAGUUGAUAUACGUGAGCUUUGAAGAUGGAAGCGUGGGUGUUCUUACUGCUUCAGCACUGAGACUGAGAUGCCGAAUUUUUGCGACUGCUUAUCUACCUUCCAAUCCAAGCAUAAGAGUACACCCUCUUGUCAUUGCGGCACAUCCAUCCGAACCCAAUCAGUUUGCACUAGGCCUUACAGAUGGUGGAGUCCACAUACUCGAGCCAUUAGAGUCGGAAGGAAAAUGGGGCACCUCCCCUCCAACUGAAAAUGGUGCUGGACCUAGCACCACUUCUGGCGUUGCCGGUUCGGAUCAACCCCAGCGGUGACAGACAGUUCCAUGCCUUUGCAUUUCAGCAACGAACCUCAGUGUAAGAUGAGAGUGACGUUAAGUAGAACGAAGAAACAAGAAAGACGAGAGACCACGAAAUACAACAGUGGUAGGGAUUCCGACACACAUAUAAGACUGGUCAAAAUGGUGCAAAUGAAAGUUAGAAAUAACUGGAAAUGGUUCAGAUGCUAGUUCAAUAAAUUCUUGACUUGUAGGUCAAGAAAUAGGUUUAAAGUGAAAGCUGGAUGGACAGAGUCCUUACCAUCUGGACAAGGUAAAGGUAAAUGGAAAGGAAGUUUACGUUGGUGUCCUGUAAGAAAGGUGUCCAACCAUUGGUGUGCGACGAACAUCUAUUCUCUAUUAAGCAAAAAUGAAAAUAAAAAGAAAAAGAAAAGAGAAAAUAUGUUCUUGUA